AUGAACCAGAGAUUGAAAUCAAUCGAUUUAUCAACAACAUCAGGUGAUACUUCAUCAGGAAUUCUUGAUGAAAAAGUUCUCUAUUUAGUCUCUCAAUCAAUCAAUUGGGAUCCACACAUACUAUGUUUGAUGUCAUGUGUAUGUCGGAAAGUAAGUGCCGUCGCGAAAAGAGUACUAUGGAAGGAAUUAUGCAUAUCACGAGCACCUCGUAUGGUCGAAGGAAUGGCGCCGGCGAAUGGUGGUUGGGACUCACUUGCUAAGAUUUUAUUCUACUGUUGUGGCGGGAAACCGAGUCCAAACUUCCAAGCGGAACAAGUCCUGAAAGGUCAUUUCGCCAUUGCUUCUCGGUUUUCAAAGACUUCUGGUCAGAGUUUCUUGAUCAAAAAAUGUCAAACUGAUGUAUUGUACAUUUGCGAUCCUUGUGAACAUAGUACUGGUAAUAUUAGUGCUGCUGGUGGUAGUGGUGGUGUUGAUGGUGGUGCUGGUAAUGACGAUGAUUUGGGUGUAUUCAGAGGGGUAUUUAAAGGAUUUGUGAAAUCAAAAACUAGAGAGUGUUUAAUCAAACGACAAAUACAGUUUGAAGAUCAUAUUCGAUGUCCUUAUUGUAAGUCUCGUGUUUGGAGUAUGACAUUGGCUAAGCUUGUACCAACGAAGAGUGCUUUGAGAAAACUUGGGUCUGUUGAUGGUAGUAGGUUGGAGUAUUUCGUUUGUGUGCAUGGUCAUUUACAUGGUACAUGUUGGUUAACUAGAUUAUCGUCUGAUGAUGAGGACGACGGACUGGUGGGAUCGAGUAGUACUGGAAAAACGAGCUCAAGUGGUGAGGAAAUUUGUGAAACGGUGAUUUAUUUAUGAACCAACAGUUUUCUCCU